UCGGUCAGCUCGUCUGACCUGAAUUGUUGUGCCCUUUGCAAGGGCCGCGGAAAGAGAGAAGGCCUGCUCAACUACGCGGGAGUCGAAGCCCGGCGCUCUUUUGCUUGGCAGCCCCGAGAGACGACGUCAAGCAUCACAACAACAACUACUACCACCACGACAAGAGCAGCGACGACGACGACGACGUUGCCGAUCUCGCAUCGCCUUUCACAGUUGAAGCACAACGAGGACGGACCCUUAACGGCGAGAUUAUCGGCAGAGUUGGCCAAGCCUCCACUGGGCUGAGAUUGGAAAAAAAAGGGCCCUUUUGAUCGGCUGGAUUGGAUCGGCCUGUUUGUGCCGUUUGCCCUUCUCUUGCACUGACGAAGGACCUUCGCCGCUCCACUUGCUCCUUCCUACCGCUUCGACUCGACCACAAGACCUUCUUCUCCGGUCGACGACGAGAGAAGACAAGAUGGCGCCUUCGUUUGUCAGUGCACACGCCUUCCAGCAGCCCGUCUCGCCCCGGCUCGACGGUCAGGCCUCGACGUCGACGGCGAGGGGCACAGCCGAGCACGACGCCGCUGCUUCCUCGUCGUCGCCCCUGAUGGCCAAGUCAUCCUCGGCGCGAUCCAGGACGCGCUCCGUGGGUGCCGAUGCUGCCUACCACCAGGCCUACAACGAUCCAAAUAGCAGCAGCAGCAGCAGCAGGCAUGUGCACAACCAGCUGCCCGACCGAAGUCGAAACCUGAUGACGCCCGACUUUACCGUCGAGCAGUACGGCAGCAGCGGCGAUGGAAAGCGAGGCAGCCGCGUGCGGAGCGGGAGCAGCUCGGCGGCGCUCCAGGCCAUUGGCCGGGGAUCCGAGCAGCCGAGUGACACGGGCGCAACAGCCUCCCCCUCAUUGUCGUCGUCAUCGCCGAGGAGACCGCGGCUGUCGAACCACCUGCGGUCCUUUCUCACGUCCUUUUCUGGCGCGCUCCCUAGCAGCAGCAGCAGCAGCAGCAUGACAACCACCGUCGCAGAGGGAAAGGCACGGACGAGCGGCGAGCACGACUCCACCAUCGGCGGCCAGGCCUCGACGGAGCGCUUCCAGGGCCUCACUGCCUCGGCCGCCUCGCUCGCUGCGACGGGCGCGCCCCUGGCCAUGCCCGCGGCCCGGCAGGCGGGGCCAGACGGCCUCUAUGGCCUCAACGACGACAGCCCCCCGCUGACGCCGACGAGCGAGCGCGAGUCGUCCUCCGACGACUACUACCAGCCAGCCAGCAAGCGUGCGUACCAGACCGGCGGCGGCAGCCAUGCCAACCGGCACCAGUGGAGCGCAGCACAGGCCGCGGCCGAUGCGGCUGCUCUGGCUGCCACUGGCGCGAAUGCGACCACGGUGGCAGCAGGAGCAGCAGACAACCGGCAACAGCGGCCACCCAUGCACCUUGCGAUGAGCACGACUGCCUCGUCGUCGGCCGCCUCGGGCCGGUCCUCGCCCCUGUUUGCCUCGAACCUCAGCGCCUUUUCCGACGGCACCUUCUCCCCGCCCACCCGGCCCACGUCGAGCUCGCCCGUCGCAAAGGGCGGAGCAGCGCCUGGUUUGCUGCCCAGCAGCCAUGCACCGGCCGACUGCAUCAGCCCGCCGACGAGUCCGGCGCCGUCGCAGCAGCAGCAGCAGCUGCUGCAGGACAGCAACGCCCCGCGGUCGCUCAUCGGCCUCCUCUCGAUCCUCGCCGCCAAGCUGGCCUCGUCGCUCACGACGCCGGCCAUGCCCCCGCUGCGGCCCCACGUGCCCGCGCUGCUCCUGCUCGCCACCGCCUUUGUCGGCUCCACCCUCGUCCUCAUCCUCGCCCUCUCCACCCUGCCCCUCGUCCUGCCCGGCCACAUCACCGAGCUGACGCUGAGCGAGAUCCGCGACAUGUCCCUCAGCCUGCGUGCAUACAGCCGCGCCUCGCCCCGUGCCUUUGUCCACACCCUCGCCGUGCUCGGCUACUUCUUCACCUGGAAGCAGUCCUUUACCAUCCCCGGCAGCCUCAUCAUGAACGUCGUCUUUGGCGCCAUGUACGGCACCGUCAUGGGCACCGUCUACACCUCAGCCCUCACCUCGCUCGGCGGCGUCUUUUGCUACCUCCUCAUGGCGCCCCUGGGGCCGCUGAUUGCCAGCAUGCCUGGCCUGCACAAGCCCCUCGACAAGAUGCGUGGCGCCCUCUCCUCGGGCCUGUCCUCGUCCUCGGCCCGCGCCACGGGUGUCGCGCGUCGGGCAAGCAGCGUGCGCAGGCGACGACCACGCACGGCCGCCGCUUCUUCCUCGCCCUCGUCGUCGUCGUUCUUUAACCCGUCGUCGUCGUCAACCUUCCGUGGCGCACCGCCCGCACGGCGCUCGUCGCUCCAGGUCAAGAUGGCCGGCCGCGCAGCAGGCAUCGACGGCGGCAGCAGCAUCUGGUCCUACCUCCUCGUCCUGCGCGUGCUGCCCAUUGUGCCGUACGGCCUCAUGAACAUUGCCUGUGCCGUCCUGCGCGUGCCCCUGCUCCCCUAUGCGGCCACGCUCCUCGUCGGCUCUGUGCCCUGGAACGCAUGCACCGUCCAGGUCGGCGACCUCCUCGUCGAUGUCGUCGAGGCCAUUGGCAGUGGCGCAGCAGCAGCUGCCGCGCCCGUCCUCGCCGACUCGCUCGACCUCGGCGGCUUCUCUGACGCUGCCUCGCCCAAUGCCGCUGCUGCCGCCGCCGCCAUUGCUGCUCCUUCUCCUCGCCCGCAACCACUCGUCGCAGCCGCGGCCGAGGGAGGCGGUGCCCGCGCCAUCGCCGCCAAGGUGUGGAGCAAGGAGAUGAUGGUCAAGCUGGCGCUCAUGAGCAUCGUGAGCCUCGCCCCGAUGCUCCUCCAGCGCUACAUCAAGCAACGUCGCGCGCAGCAGCAGCAGCCGCACGACGGCGGUGAUGAGGCCGACGACAUUGACGGCGUCUAUGAGGACGACGAGGCCGCCGACGAGGCCGACAUCGAGGAAGAGGCCGAUGCCGGCGACGAAAUGUAUGCCAACGGCGGUGAAGACGGCGACGACGAGGGCGAGAACAUGGCGAUGCUGCGCACGGCCAGCCCUGCGACCAUGUCGAGCGCGAUUGGCGCGUGGAUCUCGAGCUCGUUUGUCUCGUCGACGAUGUCCCCUGCGAUGACGACGACGACGAUGAGCUCGCCGCCGCCGCCGCCGCCGGUGCUCUACGACGAGCCGCCGCAGUCGGCCAAGCGCCUCUCGGCGGCCUGGUUCGAUGGACCUGCGCCCGAGCGCGCCUGGUCGCCCGUCAGCAGCCAGGUACCGGGCCAUGGCCAGCAGCACGCGCGACAGGGCUCUGCCAGCGGCCUCUCGAGGAACGGCCAGUGGAUCAUCCCGCCGGCGCCGGCCCAGAGCCCGUCGCCGCCGCCGAUGCGGCUUCCCUCGCUCAAGCGUGCCUCGAUCCACCAGCACCACGCUUCGGCUUCCUCGAUUGUCUAGCCAGCAACAUGCUUGCGGUCUCUCAGCCUUUCCCCCAAAAUCAAUCUCAAAACAGCACACGCACGCCCUUCUCUCAUGCACAUCAUUGAUCAUCAUUAUUACUACCACACACUGUUCAUCUAGAUAUCAUGCGCGCCCCUCGGAUGGAUUAUCCCUGCAAUACCCAUUCGUCUUCUCAGGCA